UCUGGGCAGUUAUGUCUUCGGAUCGGGUGGAUUAUAUUGCGCCUUGGUGGACUUACUGGCUUCACAGUUUUCCUCAUAUUAAUCUGAGGUUUCAGCCCAUUGAUAAGAGCUUCCAGCCUGAAGAUGAGAACUACCAGCAGUCGCUCAUAUUCCUGGGCUGUGUGGCAGCGGCGGGGCUCGGCCUCACCUUCUGUGUCUGGCCAUCUACCUGAGCUGUCUGUGCUGCUGCCAUAAAGAAGAAGAGGAGGAAAGCAAGAAACCCAACUCCUGCUGCGUCACCUGGUCGGGCCGUCGCCGCCGGCCUCAUCCACAUGCGUGGCAGUGGGUGUGGGUUUCUAUGGCAACAGUGAGACCAAUGAUGGUGUAUACCAGAUGACCUACUCCCUGUACAACGCCAAUCACACGCUGGGUGGAGUGGACAGUCUGGUCACUGGCACUAUGGGUAACAUGAGGAGCGGCCUGCACCAGCACCUCGCGAGGCUGGAUGAGAUCUUUGCUACGCGGGGUGACUACGUGCAGACCCUGCAGUUCAUGCAGCAGAUGGCUGACAAUGUGAUCAAACAGCUGCUCGGCCUGUCUGACUGGGAGAAGGCUAAAGUGGAUCUGGCAUCCAUUGCUGAUCAAACAGCAACUGUAGAGUACUACAGGUGGCUCACAUACCUGCUGCUCCUCAUCCUGGACCUGAUCAUCUGCCUGCUGGCCUGUCUGGGACUGGCCAAGCAGUCCCGCUGGCUGCUCACAACGAUGAUGGUGUUCGGAGUGCUGACGCUGGUCCUGAGCUGGACUUCACUGGGAGCUGACCUGGCCGCUGCUGUGGGCGCGAGUGAUUUCUGUGUUUCCCCUGACAAGUACAUCAUGAGUAAAACAAAGGAUGCCAUCAGUGCUGAUAUUGUUCAUUACUAUCUCUACUGCAACCAGACUCUCUCCAACCCCUUCCAGCAGCCUCUGGCCAUCUUCCAGAGGUCUCUGACCACCAUGCAGAUCCAGAUCCAGGGUCUGUUGCAGUUUGCCGUGCCCCUGUUUCCUACAGCUGAGAGAGAUCUUCUGGGUAUACAACAUUUGCUCAACUCCUCGGAGGCCAGUCUGCACCAGCUGACCGCCCUGCUGGAUUGCAGGGGGCUCAACAAGGACUACCUGGAUGCAAUGGUGGGGGUGUGCUAUGAUGGAGUGGAGGGUGUACUGUACCUCUGCCUCUUCUCCAUUCUGGCAGCCUGUGCCUUCACUGUCAUGCUGUGUGCCAUUCCCAGGGCAUGGAGACAAAUUGCCUGCAGGGAACAAGAUUACGAUGACAUUGACGAGGAGGACCCAUUCAACCCGCGGGCGAGGAGAUUAGGGUCUCAGAACCACGAUCAUACAAACAUGCACAGCUUCUGCAGCUACAGCAGCAGCAUGGGCAGCCAGAGCAGUCUACACCCGCCCGCCCCGGCCGUCUCUAACGCCCCGGUGUCUGAGUACAUGAACCACACAGCUCUUUUUGGGGGAAAUCCACGGUAUGAGAAUGUGCCUCUGAUAGGACGAGGUUCUCCACCCCCAUCGAUAUACUCUCAGCAGUAUAGAAAUCGAUACUCUCCCACUAUGAGGGCCACCUACCUGUCCAUGACGGAAGAACAGAGUAGACACUUCGGAAAUGACUUCCGAGCAUAAGACUUCCCCGAAGUAGCAUCGUGUAGGCUGACAGCAAACAACAAGACAACAAGACAGCAAAAUGCAGCUGACACAAGACUCAGAGAGGACACUGUGGCAUCGUGUUAGUGCAGGACUCCGGUGUAUGGAGUCUAAUCAUAAUGGAACAAUAUCUGUGAUCUGUCGCUGUUCUGUAAGCUCAUUCGUGACAUUUCUAUCUUUUGUUAGAGAACUUGCUAAACAUUUCUAAAAAGUGCUGUCAAACUUAACUAGUUAAAAAAAAAACCUGACCUGACCCUUUUAAACAUACUGAGAAAAAGAAAAUGUUUUUUCCCAGUAAAAUAAAAAGAACAUUGAAAUUCAGCUGAGAUGCUCCUGCCUACAACUCUGAGCUUUGAAAUGGAGAUGUGUACUAAUUUUGACAGCUUAUAUUUAAAUCUCCAAAGAUAAAAGACGUGAAUGCGAUAGCUCAUGCCUUGUUAUUUUUUGUGUCGUAUGCUUCAUGCAUGAUAUUUGUGAAGCACAGAGCCAACACUGGCAGCACAGAGCAGGAGCUUGUGGAGAAGUACAAAUUAUUGACACUCUCACACACACAAACACGCCUGCUAGUGAAGCUUUAUAAGGCUACAGAGAUUAAACUACCUUGAGACCACGGCUUCUGUAAAUAAGUUGUAAAAUAACAGACUGUUGUCUUAUUCUGUUUUUUUGUUUAAACUGUGCCAUUUUUAUAUACUUUUUCUAGUUCUGUGUGGCAAUACAUAGGAUCACUAUUUUUUGUAUUUUCUAAUGGGCCAUUAAUUCAUAUCCCCUGUAAAGCUAAUCCAGCUAAAUCAAUAAAGUUGUUGUUUCUAUCAUGACUUGAAAAGCUGUGCUGCUCUCUGAUUAAUGAAUUCAGGUAAUUAUUUUCAUCAGAUCAAACCAUCCAAACAAUACAUGUUUGUACUGACUAACGAGGAUUUGAUACAUGCAGUGCCAUUAAUACCUUUUGUGUGUUUGUUUCAGCAUGUUGCACUGUACAGGCACUGAAAGUGGUGCUUAAUUUUGUGUGUGUGUACGCAAACUUCAGGGUCUAAUUAUAAGUUGAAUAAACCAGCUUUGAG